AAUAUGGCAGAGAAAAAGAUUCUAUGCAUCGGCUUAGUAUGUCUGGACAUAAUUAACGUUGUGGACAAGUACCCGGAAGAGGACACUGACAGCAGGUGCUUGUCUCAGCGAUGGCAGAGGGGCGGGAACGCAUCCAACUCCUGUACGGUGCUUUCUCUUCUUGGGGCCCCCUGUGCUUUUAUGGGAUCCCUCGCUCCUGGACCUGUUGCUGAUUUCAUCGUGGGGGAUUUUAAGCGACGUGGGGUGGACAUUUCAGGUGUGGCUUGGCAACAGAAGGGGGAGACCCCGUGUGCUUGUUGUGUGGUGUGUCCCACCCGUGGUUCACGAACUGUUGUGCUCUCAGACACAAACCUGCCAGAUGUGUCUGCCGAGGACUUCUCUAAGGUGGACCUGAGUCAGUACAAGUGGAUUCAUGUGGAGGGUCGGAACGCUGGGGAGCAAGUGAAAAUGAUCGAGCAGAUCAUGGACUACAACAGCAAAGUGCCAGAGAAGAGCAGAAUCAGAAUCUCUGUGGAGAUUGAGAAGACCAGGGAACCACUUUACCAACUGUUUCCAUAUGGAGAUGUGGUGUUUGUAAGCAAAGAUGUAGCCAUGCACUUUGGUUUCAACUCUGCUGCUAGUGCAGUGAAGGGCAUGUACAGUCGAGUAAAGAAAGGGGCUGUCAUCAUCUGUGCCUGGGCAGAGAAAGGGGCGGACGGAAUGGGUCCUGACGGCGUAGUCGUCCACUCGGACGCCUUCCCACCUGAGGCGCUCGUCGACACCCUGGGGGCCGGAGACACGUUCAAUGCAUCUGUGAUCUACUCCCUGUCCAAUGGAGGAAGUCUGAAGGAGGCACUGACAUUUGGCUGCCAGAUUGCUGGCAAAAAAUGUGGCAUCCACGGCUACGAUGGAAUUGUGUCGUGAACGCGUUAGGAGAGAAGAAGGAUCGGAUCACGCGGAACAGAUGCAUUCUGGGAACACGUGAGGGUUUUUGAAAAUGUGAAUUCUGUUAGGAGAGGUUUUUUUCUUUUUGACAUUUUGAUUGCAACCUUAAUGCAUUUGGCAGGGAGACCCUUUACUGUGACACUGCAGGAGCUGUACUGUACGCAGGACUGCGUCCUCACUGUGCAAAUAUGAUGAGUUUUGCUGAAAAAAUGAUUUUAUACUAAUGAAGGAUUUCAAUGCUUGAAUGCUUUAGUUGGUGCACUUUUAGCGUUGAGGAUGAAUCACUAACUCAAUCAUUUCAUUAACAAAUAACAACAGAAAAAGAAAACUGUCUGAUCAACGACGACUACCUUUUGAUCAGUCUGUCAGAAAAUUAUUUUGGCACAAUUUUUUUUUCCUCUUGUAAUAACGAAUAAAUUAAUGAUUCACUCUCUGGCCUUAAAUGUUAAAAGACGUGUCUUACGUGUAAAGAUUUAGGAACAUGUCAUUAGGCCAGUUUUUUUAUGAAUAUGAAUGACAACACUGCAUCAGAUUGAACUAAAAUAAAAAAAUGAAAAAAAACUUUUGCAAUGCA